AUGACCCCAGUCAACAUGAGCGGAUGGGUUCCCCCUCGCCCCGCCACGCCGUACCCGCACCCUCAGCCCAAGCCCCAGCCCAACGCCCCCAUCCCCAUCCCGCCCCGCCCUAUGCCCACGCCUAUCCCGGACUCGCCCCCGCGCAAGCCCACGAGGUUCCCCCAGGCCGAGGCGGCUGAGUGA